AUGGUGAAGAAGGGCCAAGUGGAUGGUGUAGGGGGACGUGCCAGAGAUGAUUCUGUAACAGAGGAAGAAUGCAGGACAUGGACAAAAAGUAAAAGGAAGCGGAUAAAGCAAAAGAAAAAGAAAGAUGAGAACAUUGCUGCGAGGAAGGCAAGAGAAGAAGCUGCUGAUGCUACUUCUAUGAUUGCAAGGAGUACGCAAAAGAAGAUUGCUAAGGUUGGUGCUUCUAUCAGCACCAAAGCCGAUGCUGUGCUAGUUCCUGUACCAAAAACAGCUCCAAACGUUGCAAACAUUGAAAAAAGAAAACAAUCAGACAGCCAGGAUGGCAACAAUAAGAAGGCAAGGAAGUUUGAUACAAGGAGCGCUGCUCAAGGAGCCAGUGCUGGUCCCGCUGCUGCUGCCACUGUUACUAUUACUGCUACUGCAAAAAGGAGAAAGCGAAAGAAGGCUGCAAUUGUUACUAGUGCUGCUGGAAGGAGACUGAAGAAAACUACUACAAAGGUUGUUGCCGCUGCAAGCAACAAAGCAAAUUUUGUAGUUGAAAAAAGGCAGCAGUCAGAUAGGCAGCAUGAUGGCGACAAGAGAGCCCCAGAGAUGUUUUUUUGCAAUAACAACAGUGUGUUUGUAGCACCAAUUGGCGACAGCAAUUUGCGAGUGCUACACAGCCGCACUAUUCAAAUCGGCGCUUGUUUGUGCCUUGCCCCUUGA